AUGUCCUUAAGUGAUCAAUUAGCCCAGGUCGCCGCCAGCAAUGCGACUGUUGCCUUGGAUCGGAAAAAGAGACAGAAGUUGCACUCGUCUUCUUUAAUUUACAAUCCGAAGACUGCAGCUACUCAAGAUUUCGAUUUCAUAUACGAAAACGCUGUGAGCUCUUUAGAGGAACUGAUAGAAAUAGACACCAGGUUUGCUGUCUUCCAGAAAUCUCUCUUCGGUGCCUCCUCAGUGACUAUCGAUAGGAAUAUUCAAACUAAAGACCAGGUUGCGGAUCUGGACAAUGCUGUGAAUUUAUAUCUAAUGUUGGCUUCCUCGAAAUGGCACUUAACCCCAACUCUACACGCUACUGAAUGGCUGGUGCGCCGCUUUCAAAUACACGUUCACAAUGCGGAGUGCUUGUUGCUUUCGACCAUUGAUUACUACCAAACCCCGGUCUUCAAACGCAUUCUUAACAUUGUUAAGUUACCACCCUUGUUUCAAGCUUUAAGCAAUUUUGUGAGGACCGAGAAAUCUCCUUCAAGUCUCACAAUAAUUAAAUUGUUCAACGAUAUGGAUUUUCUCAAGCUUUACAUACAGUACUUGAGUAGAGUCAUUCAACAAAAGGUCACCUACACCAAUCAGUUGCUUUUCACAAGCUGCUCAUUUAUUAACCUCAUCGCGUACAAGUCAAAUGACACGGACGGCUUGAACAGCUUAGUACCAAUUCUAUUGGAGAUCUCAGCUAAAUUAUUAGGGUCGGAUUCGGCAGACUGCCAGAUUGCAGCUCAUACCAUCCUGGUAGUCUUUGGAACUGCGUUACCGCUGAAGAAAGAGAUAGUGCUUGCGGCUACCGAAACUAUUUUAGCCAAUUUAACUGACGACAAAGCCAGGAGGUCCGCUCUCAUUUCUAUUGGUAAACUAUUUCAAACUUUGAAAGGCCAUGGCAACGUGGACCAGCUUCCAGCUACUCUCUACCAGUUGUUUGACUCUAAAUUCAGCUUGCAGUAUCUGAUUGAAUAUUUGAGCGGUCCUGACAAGAUUGUUGUGGAUAAGUUUUUGACUGCUUACAUUAGAUCUGUUUUGAGAUAUGAUCACAAAAACCUCAGCUCUCUAGUUUCUCUUCUCAAGAAAAUCAAAUUAGAGAGUUUCGAAAUGAGGCUUAUUAUCAUCGAUUCAAUUCACUUGUCGGAAGUGUUCCAAGAGAAAACUCUGCUUGUCGAAAUUUUCGAGUACUUUAUCUCCAUUGAUGAAGAUCGCGUCAUCAAGUGCCUAAAUUCAUUGAAUUUGGAUCCAGAUUUAUUCGAACUGAGACUAACAACUUCUCUUUUCACGGCUAAGGAAGAUUCAAACACCACCUUGAACCACGUCGACGCUUCCAAGGUUUUGGGCGCUAAUACCAGUGUUGAACCCUUCAAGGAUUUUCUUAACAAAAAUUCUCAGUACAUUAUUACAAAAAUCACAUCGAUGAUGAUUGAAGACGACGAAAAGUUUGCCAAAUUACUUUCGCUUUACGUUGAAGCAGUGGCUAAAAAAUUCAAAGCCGGCAUGUUUCUGUCGUCAUUUUUUACAACUGUAGAAGGUAGGCUAACUUUUCUGCUUAGAGUUAUUAUUUCACCAGCUACACCAACUGCUCUUCGCCUAGAAUCUCUCUCAAACUUCUCAAAAGCUAUUAACCAGAUUGGCCAAGACUCUAAUUUGUUUAGUUUGGUUCCUAUUUUGAUCGCGGCACUGUACGACACAUCUAAAAAUGUCAAACUUGCUGUAAAGAAGAUUUUGUCUCAGAUUUCAAAAAGACCCUUCAUCAAGCACUACUUUUUGGCCAAUAAGCUAUAUGGUAACGUCGAAAUUCCUAUGGUAAAUCCAAAAGAUGCGGAGAUGUGGUUGAAGAAGUUUUUGGAAGAAUAUAUGGUAGAAAAUCACGAUUUUACUAGCUUGGUCAUCCCAAAGAAAUUGGAAAAAGUCUUCAUGAUCUUUUGGGCAAACCAAGCAAUUUACAUGCCAUUACCGCAUGCGAAAUCUAUUUUUAUAAGAUUUGUGACCGGUCACAAGCUUUACAAUUCAUCCUACUCCUCGCUCUUCGAGCAAGUGGUGAAAGAGUACCUUGGCCAGAGAGAAAUGUGGGAAAAAAGAUGCAGUAAUAAUAAGACGAGCUUUGAAAAGUUUGAAGACUCUAUUGUCUCAAUUAUUUCGACGAAAGAAAAGAAUAAUACAGUCUUAGAAUUUGCCGAAAGUUGUUUAAGAUGUGAUCAUGAGCAAUUAGCUCAACUUGUUUCAGAUAGGCUAUUAGUGCUCUUUCCUUCGUUAAAGUUGGCACAACAACAGCAAAUUGUGAAAAACGUGGUGGACUCAACCGCAGAAAACGAUUUAUAUUACGAUUCUGUCGGCUUCCUUCAGUCUUUGCCGCUGUCUUCUGAUAUAUUCAUCUCUCUACUUUCUCACUACCGCAUAAAUCCCAAUGAUGACCGAGGUGAGUUUGCAAAGAAGCGGAGAAGGCGGUCAUCGACCGCCAACAAGGCCGUGCUUCAAAGAGAGGAAAUCUCGCAUAUUGCUGAACUUCACUUGCGUAAACUCACUAUAACCUUGGAAGCACUUGACCACGUAAAGCCUAUAGGAACUGAACCUCUAUUGUCUUCUUUAUUCAAUGCCCUUUCUGAUUUGGAGACUCUCGAUCAAGAUGGUGGAUUGCCCGUGCUUUACGCUCAAGAAACGCUAUCCUCUUGUAUGAUCUCAACUAUCGAUUCUAUGACGGUAGACUCAAAAUCCAAACUAAGUUUGCUACGAACUGACAUUCUGGUCUCUGCCAUAACAGCGUCUCAAUCUCCUCAGGUUCAAAACAAACUUUUGCUGGUUAUUGGCGAGCUGGCCAAACUGAGCCCAGAAACAAUAUUACAUUCCGUGAUGCCUAUCUUCAUAUUUAUGGGCGCCAAAACCAUUCGCCAGGACGAUGAAUAUUCAAGCUAUGUUGUUGAAAAGACAAUUCAAAGAGUCGUACCUGCUUUAGUACAAUCGAAGUCAGCGGAGAUCACGGAGGAAGUUGAAUUUCUCUUGAUGAGUUUUGGGACUGCCUUUGCUCACGUCCCAAGACACAGACGGGUAAAACUCUUUACCACUUUGGUCCAAACUCUCGGGCCAGAUACUGCCUUAGGGCCUUUCUUGUUUUUGAUAGCACAACAAUAUUCGUCUCUGGUGAACAAGUUUAAAAUAGUUGAAAGCAAAAGUGUACUUGAAUUCACGGGAGCUUUCCUCAGCAAAUUCAACGUAUUGGAACAAUUGACAGGAAUACAUCGAUACUUCAACUUAUUGAACACUUUAUCAGAAAACUACACCGAAGAAGCAAAAUCGCAAUUAUCCUCUCGUACCUUAUUUUCGAACGGCGUCCUGAAUUUCUCCGACUUUGAAACUCUAGCACUAAAAAAGAAUGGAUUGGGUUUCCUGGACAAGAUUGUGGGAGAGGACGGUGUCAAUUAUCGAGCAUCUGGAAGCUUGAAAAUGAGAAUAAUUGGAGCUUUGUGGGAUAGUUCCAAUAACAAGCAGCUCCGUGAUGAGGUAAAGUCGAAAUUUGGAGAUGUUCUAAAAUGUACCUUGGAUUCACUAGACAGUUGCAACUCUUUUGCUGAUUUGCAAUUUGAUAGCGAUGAGUCUUUCUCUAGGAGUGAACUUGAUGACCUACGAAACUCCAUUCGUGAAAACUUAUUCCAGCUUCUUGGUCACGUCUUGGAUUUGUUGCCAAUCAAAGAUUUUGUUUCGGCUACACUACCUCUUAUUUCCAAAGAUAAUAAUAAUGAGUCCAUCAAGCAUCAUCUAAUAUUGGUGCUGUCAUCGAAAUUUGAUUUGGAGCCUAGUGAAUCGGCGACUUUCGCAAACGAAGUUAUCGAAGCACUCUUCGUUACGAUUGAAAAAGAAAGUAAGACGGACAGCAUUGUCCAGGUUUCGCUGAACACGUUGAGUUCCUUGAUUGCCAGAUUCGGUGAUAAACUAGAGUCUUCAUUGAUUACAAAUAGUAUGAGUGUCGCAAGCCAGUUGCUACUUUCUCAAAAAAUGGAAAUCGAAAUCUCUUCAUUGGCGGUCUUAACUAGUGCAGUGCAGGUCCUUGGUGUUAAAUCGAUUGCUUUCUAUCCUAAGAUUGUUGGACCAUCAAUCCAAAUAUUCAAAGCUUUGGAGAAUAGUGAAUCAGAGAUUAAAGAACAACUGCAGCUUGCCAUUGUACUGGUUUUUGCUUCAAUGAUCAAGCGUAUUCCUGCAUUCUUAUUGUCGAAUUUGGUUGACGUCUUAAGAAUUGUCUUUUUUGCUAACAAAGUUCAGGAUUCUGUGCGGCUAUCAGUAAUCUCGUUAAUUGUUCAGCAUAUCGACCUUAAAGAGGUAAUGAGAGCCUUAAGUAAAAUCUGGCUUUCUGAUGUGAGUAGGACUGAUGAUUCUGUUGCCAUCUCUUUGUUUCUCAGUGCCUUAGAAUCCACUGUUGAAACGAUUGACAAGAAAGUGGCCACAUCAGAAUCCCCUGUCUUCUUCAGGCUUCUGCUCUCUCUCUUCGAGUACAGAUCCACGAGUAAGUUUGACCACAACACUAUCAGUCGUAUUGAGGCUUCAGUGCACGGAGUUGCUAACAUGUAUGUUUUGAAAUUGAAUGACAAGGUAUUCAGACCUCUAUUCGCGCUUUUGGUGAGAUGGGCGUUUGACGGCGAAGGAGUUGUUAACAAUGAAAUCACAAGGAUUGAAAGAUUAACUGCUUUCUUUAAGUUCUUCAACAGGUUGCAAGACAAUUUGAAGGCUAUUGUUACAACUUAUUUCACUUACUUGUUGGAACCUACUAUUGAGCUGUUGAAGUCCUUUAGUAGCGGCGAAGUUUCGAACAUCAAUCUUCGUCGCUUAGUACUAAACUCUCUGACAUCUUGCUUCAAAUUUGACAGGGAUGAAUACUGGAAAUCUACAUCUCGUUUUGAAGUUGCCUCUGAGUCACUGAUCGCACAGUUCUCCAACAUUGAAGACUCGGUGGGUCGUUACUUGGUCAAAGCAAUCAGUUCGUUAGCUGUGAACAACGCUGGUGCCGAUGAUCACAAUAAAGCUAUGAACACUAUGUUAAUCUCGCACAUGAAAUCUAGCUGCUCGAGCUCCGAAAAGCUGUGGGCCGUUAAAACGAUAAAAACAAUCUACUCCAAGGUCGGAGAAGGUUGGCUCACCCUUCUCCCACAACUUGUACCAAUUAUUGCAGAAUUACUCGAGGACGAUGAUGAGAAUGUCGAAUACGAGGUACGGACAGGUUUGGUAAAGGUAGUUGAAAACGUUUUGGGAGAACCUUUUGACAGAUACUUGGACUAA